AUGGAAGGAGAGAGACAAGUGAACGCUGUGCUGUUACCAUGGUUGGCACAAGGUCACAUCAAUCCGUUUUUAAAUCUCUCCAAGGCCUUAGCAAGCCAUGGGGCCGUAAAACUGUGGAUAGUGUCGACCCCUGUGAAUAUAUCCGGAAUCAGAGCUCGUUUGCAGGGGGAGCCGAUCCAGCUGAUAGAGUUAAAAUUGCCAUCAGUUGAGGGACUAGCCCAUGGCAUUGAACGCACAGCAGACAUCAAACCAGAAUCAGCCCAUCUCCUACACAGAGCAUUCGACCAACUGGACAAGCCAUUCGAGGAUCUCUUGCGCCACCUUUCCCCAGACGUCGUAAUCCACGACCUUCCAGCCCAUUGCGCCGCCACUGUGAGCGCCAAUUUGGGGAUACCCACUUUGGUAUUCGACGUAUACAGUCCCACAGCCAGCAGUUUCGUGCGCAGCCAUUCCAUGCAUGCAACCAAUCAUGGGACUAAAACGCCUCAAGAUCUGACGCAACCAGUACCCGGAUUUCCCUCCCCAUUCAUUUCCUGGCGCUUGUUCGAAGCCAAGGCCUCGGCGGGCAUGUUCCUGCCUGGCCCCGGAGGUUUCAAGGUCACGGAUUUCAUGUCCUCGGCGUAUCAACAAUCCAGUGGAAUCCUCAUAAAAUCGUGCUUUCAAGAGGAAGAAAAGUAUCUGCAGUAUCUCAGAGAGUCCACGGGCAAACCCGUCAUUUCUGUUGGCCCGUUGAUGUUGACAGACGCCGAGGCGGAUGCGGGAGUGGAGGAUUAUUCAACCCUAAAUUGGUUGGACAAACAAGUGAUUUCCUCUGUGGUGUUUGUAUCCUUCGGAAGUGAGUCGUUUCUUUCGGCGGCGCAGAUAACAGAGCUGGCUUUUGCACUGGAGGAUUCGGGGCACCCAUUUCUCUGGUCUUUGCGAUCUUCUGACGGGACAUCAUCAUUGUCGUUGUCUUUGUUGCCCGCGGGUUUUGAAAGCCGGACGCGUGACCGGGGGCUUGUGAUGGGCGGGUGGGUGCCUCAGAUCAGCAUCGUUUCGCAUCCUUCCGUGGGAUGUUAUGUUACCCAUGGCGGGUGGAGUUCGGUGAUGGAAGCAUGGCUUUACUCCGGGUUACCGCUGGUUCUGAUUCCCCUGCGGCAUGACCAGGGGCUUAAUUGCCGACAGAUUGCGCUGGAAUUGAAUGGGGGAAUUGAAGUGGUUAGGGAUGAGGAGGGGGGUUUUAGCAGAGAGAAUGUUUGUAAGGCUAUUGGGAUGGUCAUGGGCAAAGACGAAAGAGGUGCGGCGAUUCGAUCGAGGGUUGAGGAACUCCAGGGCGUCAUCCGCCUUAACAAUGCUCGUCAGCGAGCAAUAACUCAGGAUCUUGUCAAUUAUCUUAGAACGCUGUUGGUUAAGAAAUGA